AUGAGAGAUAUUCCGUGUCGUGCGGUGAGCAGCAGCAGCUCGAGCUCAAUUUCUACUAUGCGAUUCAAUGAAGAGCCAUUUGAGCAACGCUAUGAAAUUGAUGAAGAGCUUGGAAAUGGGCAGUUUGCUGUUGUUCGACGAGUAAUUAACAGAUCAACUGGUGAACAGUUUGCUGCAAAAUUCAUAAAAAAACGACGCUAUGCAACAUCUCGACGAGGGGUUACACGUUGUAAUAUUGAACGGGAAAUUGAUGUGUUACGAGCGAUUGGUGGACAUGAAUACACGAUCAAAUUGUUUGACGUGUAUGAAACAGCUUUUGACGUGAUUCUUGUCCUUGAGCUAGUAUCGGGUGGAGAGUUAUUUGACCACGUGUCAGCCAAAGAGUGCCUUGAUGAAGCUGAAGCUGCAGCUUUUAUUCAACAAAUUUUAUUUGCUAUCAAACAUUUACAUGAUAAUCAUAUUGUUCAUCUGGAUAUCAAGCCAGAAAAUGUGAUGCUCAGGAAGAAAGGCGAUUCAAAAAUUAAACUCAUUGAUUUUGGUCUUUCAAGAAGGAUUCUACCGGGUACUAUUGUUAAAGAUAUGAUUGGAACGCCUGAAUUUGUUGCUCCAGAAGUUAUUAAUUAUGAACCAUUGUCUUCGGCCACUGACAUGUGGGCAUUAGGCGUUGUUACAUUUAUUUUGCUCAGUGGUGGUUCACCCUUUUUAGGUGAAACACGUGAUGAAACGUUUGUAAAUAUAUCAGCCGUUAACUACCACUUUAGUGAUCGUUAUUUUGAGCAUAUUUCAUCGUUUGCCAAAGAUUUUAUCAGCCGCCUUUUCGUGAGAGAUCAACGCAAACGAGCUACUGUUGAUGAAUGUUUAAGGCACCCGUGGGUUCUCGGUCCCAAUGAAAUUUCAAAUGAUAUUCGCCAACAUUCCGUAAUUUCUAUGGCUCAGAUACGAUCUUUCAAAAUGCGCCUGAAAUGGAGGAGAGCAGUAGAUAUUAUUAUAACUUGUAACAGAAUUACUUUCAAUGCUCGAUCCGCCCUUCGGAAAGCCUUAGAAGCUGGCCGUUCUGUUAAUUCACGACUGAAUUCGGAUGAAUUUAUUGUAUCAGCGAUACUAAUUGCUUGCGAAGAAGGUAACUUGGCAGGGCUUGAUCAGUUAGCUGUUCUAUAUCGAAUCAGUUUGAACCUUUCAAAUCGAAUGGGUGAAACAGCAAUGCACAUUGGUGCAGGUGCAGGUCAAUUCGAUGUCGUGCACUACUUGCACAUGAAUGGUGCUGCACUGGACGCAUCCGAUAUUCGGGGUGAUACACCGCUUUUUUGGGCCGCAAGAAAUGGCCAUGCAAAUAUUGUAAAUUAUCUAAUCAAUGAAGAAAAUGUUGACAUCAACACACUGAACAAAAGUGAUGAAAGCGUUUUGCAUGUGGCUACUCGUCAUGCGCAUUUCGAGUCAGUUUUGUUGUUGCUUGAACGUGGAAUUGAUCAGUGUGCACGUGAUGAGCACGGCGAAACUGCUUUGCACAUAGCAAGUUCGCACGGUCACACAGCAUUACUUCGCUUACUAUGCAGAUUCAAUGCCCCACUACAUAUCAAAAAUCAGGUUUGUUUUCUUCAAAAAAAGAUCAUGCAAAGUUGUGUCGGUGAAAUAUCGGGCAGGAGGAAGGUCGAUGAUGAUUUGGUUUUAUGA